AAUUGUGUAAUUUGCGAGUGAUACCUAAGAUUUUUACUAACAAUAUAAACUUUGCAUUGGUCUUUGCUUUAUUUUCUCUAGCCAUUUAAGAUAUUUCUUAACAGUGGGCUGCUGGUUUCUUUUCUGCCUAUCGCGCAGAUAAUAUAUCAGCAUGCUUACAAUUUGUGAUGUUCAUGGUCAAUUUUCAGAUCUUCUACGCCUGUUUGAGUAUGGUGGGUACGCACCAGAAGCCAACUAUUUAUUCCUAGGGGACUAUGUUGAUCGGGGCAAGCAGAGCAUAGAAACCAUAUGCCUUCUUCUCGCGUACAAAAUCAAAUACAAAGAGAACUUCUUUCUUCUCAGAGGCAAUCAUGAAUGUGCUUCAAUCAGCCGUAUUUAUGGGCUCCAUGAUGAGUGCAAGAGAAGGUUCAACGUUCGUCUCUGGAGGACAUUUACUGACUUCUUUAAUUGUCUGCCUGUUGCCGCCGCUGGCGGCGGCGGCCUCGCCGGCGGGAUUUGGGGUGGGACAAGGACAACAGACGGUGUUGCAGCAGAACUCCACACGUCUAGUGAACCUGGCGCGGCUUUUGACAUCUCUAAUGCAGCCUCAGGGGGGAUGCCAGGCCGAUUCCUAUCAGCUCUUCAAGCUCUUCGUCUCCCUAGCAAGAUUCCCUUUGAAAUAUACAGAGGUAUUGAUUAUGCCGUAGCAAAUAAUGACAUUCCUGAAAAAGCUGAAGACUUGCCUCUAUUGUUCAAACAGAUAUGCCAACCUAAGAGUGACUCACUUCUGCAAGCUGCAAUUAUGGUGCUGAUGCUCUCAGUCAAGAAUGCUUGCAAAGUGGGUUGGUUUUCGGAUAAAGAGACUAAUGAGCUUCUUAAACUUGCCAAUGAGGUAGGAAGUUGCUUUUGCAGCCCAGGAGGUAUUAACAUUGGACCUAGCAAUUUGCAGGCAAAUGUUUCAGAAAUUAUGUCUAGGUUCUAUCCAUUCAUGAGGAUGGGGAACAUACUGGCUUCUAUGGAAGCUAAGCCUGGAUAUGCAGCAUUAAUGAUUGAUUUUAAUAUAUCGAAGAAUACAGUACAUUCUCCUGAAGAAAAAAUACGGUUAUUUGUAGCACAAACAGAUAAUAUGGAGACAUCGGCUUGUAUUAUAAGUCCACAGCAAGUGAACUUUCUUUUAAAUGGGAAGGGAGUUGAAAAGAGAACUAAUGUGUUAAUGGAUACGGGACCUCAGAUGCCAACAAAUGUGACUGCAAUGUUGAAGUAUGGGACAAAUCUUCUUCAAGCUGUUGGACAGUUUAAUGGUCAUUGCAUUAUAGUUGUUGCCUUCAUGAGUGUGGUGUCGCUACCUGAUGCUCCCGUGCUUCCAGAUUAUGUUCAGUCUGGUAAUCUUGCCCCAGAUUCAGAUUCUGACUUAAUCGAGGGCCCAUCACGGAUAUCACUUAGUUGUCCUAUAAGCCGAACACGUAUCAAGACUCCAGUGAAAGGGAUUGCAUGUAAGCAUCUUCAGUGCUUUGACUUUAAUAAUUAUGUUGAUAUAAAUACAAGAAGACCAUCGUGGCGUUGCCCACACUGCAAUCAGCAUGUCUGUUACAGUGAGAUUCGUAUUGAUCAAAACAUGGUUAAGGUGCUGCAAGAUGUGGCAGAUGAUGUCUCUGAUGUGAUCAUCUCUGCAGAUGGAUCAUGGAAGGCUAUAUUUGAAAGUGAUGACCACGUAGAUCAUGCAAAUGAGACUAUUCUUAAUUGUCAAAGAGAUGGGUCUCAGCAAGAAGAAUCUGAAAUUGCCUCAAAUGUGAUUUUAGAUCUUACUCUGGAUGAUAAUGAGAUGGAUGUGGACCCUGUUGAAUUGGAAGACAGGAAACCUUCCCUGGUUGCUCUUCAAGAUCAGUCUACAACAACGAAUUCAACUCAAACGUUAGAAUUGAACAAUGCAGUUGGAGUUAAUCAAAGUGCUGCACCUUGGAUGCAGGACGAUUAUUGGUCCGGACUUUUAAGUAAUGGGGCUCUCAUCCCUGGUGUCAGUACAGAUGCCCAAGCUGCUGUUGGCAUACCUGUUUCAACUGCUAAUAUGCAGUUACAACAGUCACAGUUGAUGAACUCAAUUUCUAGUCCUGAGUAUGGUAGGUUGCAGCCAAUGCCCAGACAUGUAACCCGCACUCCAACUGCAAUUCAGGCCCUCCCAGCCCCAUCUCAGACAGGAGCACAACAGAGACCAAGAACUAGUUCAAAUGGUCUUAUUCCCACUUCUCAAUCUUUCCAGUCUAUUGCACCAUCUGCAAGUGGUUACACCACAGUCUCCAAUGAAAUAGACAGGCAGCCACAGUUUUCAAGAUCCCGUGAUAUGGCUGCAACUUCAUCCCAAAAUCAUUCAGUUGCACAGCAAAACCAUUUGUUUAUUCCUGUUCAGUCAGUCCAAGUGCCUCAGGUUGGGGUUCCAGCAUCUGGUCAAGUCCGUGGCACGCACAGAGUUUCUUCUGGGCUAUUAGCUGAGCAGCAACGGACUCUAAGUCAGCAGCAAGCCCAACAGAGGUUAUCUCAAUCAAGGAACCAUCCAUCAGGCCUGGUGCGGUCACCAGCACCUCGACCAUGGUUACAGAGUCAACAAGGGAGUGCCCAACUUGGUCAUACAGCAGGCUCUGGAAAUAGCCAACAUUCCAGUGCUUUGGCUGCCGCAAAUCGAACUGCUCAAAUGGCUCUGCUGAUGAGGGCACAUCCUGUAAAUGCUGAUGGGAUUAGGGCUCCAGACGGGGAACAGAGGGGGAACAUGGGAGGAUUACCACAAUCCAUCUCAAGUGCUGAUCCAACAGGUGAAAUGCCGUCAGAUCAAAGUUGGCGUCCUGUGGGCCGGAUGCGUGGGAGCCUCUCAGGUCGGGCAUAUUCUUCUGCUCUUAACCAACUAAUGAUUCAGCCUACUCAAUCAGCUCAAGCAACAAGACCGCAAACAAAUUUGACGUCUCCACCUAGUGUACCGACUCCACCUAGCGUGCCACCUAGCCUCCAGCAAUAUCUCUCAAAUGGCAGAAAUCUCCGUGUUCCUCCAAUGCAAAACAAUGCAAUGACUAGACCUGCAAGUGUGAGUGGAAGCUCUGGGACUUUGCCAGAGAGAUUGGGAGGGAUGCGUUGAUGCUGACUUCUGACAUGGAGAACAAACUUAAUGGGUUGUAUAUCAUAUGGGUCAUUGUACAAAGGGUCUUUUAAGCUUAUACUAGUUGUUUUGAGGUCAACCAAUACAUGGUGUUUUAAUCUAUGACCGAAAAAAAAAAAAAAGAACAUAUGUUUUUAUCUUAUGGCCUUGCCUUCGAAGCUUUUGUUAGGGUUUAAUUUAUGUUCAAUAUGUUAUAAUU